CCUGAACUGUGUACAGAAGGUGGAAGGUGCCUAAGCUGUUUAAUGAGGUGUAAGCCUUUGAAGAAGCAGCUGGAAGAGCUUUGCAAUGCACUCUGGAAGAUGUGCACAAGUGUACCUUUUCAGUUUGUGGGGAGGGAAGUGAGAGGGAUUGCCUGCAGGGAAGAGGAGGAGACAUUACAUGCAGGGCUGCAGGUGUUGAUUUCUUUGGAGGAAACACCUGGGCAAUAUUGUAACAGAGAAAACCUGCUUGAAAGAGUUGCUCAGGUGAUGGGUUAACUCAAGGCUGCCUCCAGAAAUUAAUGAAGCAAGGAAAGAUUCCAGGCUGAGCUGGUGCAAAGGAUCCUGAGCUGAUAAACACUGCCCUGUUACAGGAGAGCCUGGCACAAGCUGCAGGAGCUGGAAAACUACUGCCAUGCCAGCACUCUGAAUCCUGAAGGCAGCUUUCCAUACCUGAAACCCCUUCAGCUCCCAGCUGAGCAGGCAUGAAUGGGUGCCAGGUACUCUUGGAUAUCUCAGCCUCGGAGUGUCACUUUUGUUUUGCUUUAAGCUGACAGCGAGCAGGAGCGCUGUGCUCUGAGCAGCCUCAGGGGUUCCUCCUUCCUACAAGAACCCAAAAUUUCUGCGUGCAUGAGAUCACCAAGUUCCUACACCAAGUUUCCCCUGGGAAAGGGGAUGCAGCCAUCCAAAAGGAAAGAUCUUACUGAAUUGCAUCAAAUAUAAUUUCUCUUUUGUUGUGAGAGCUCAUGGGAAGUCAGGCAGGGUCCUGGAAACUUGAGGAUUUCAGGACUGGUAAACCUGGAGAAGUAACUACCCUUGCACUAAGCCUGUAAAAUCCUGACAGAGCAGCGUGGCCAUUGCAGAGGUUGUUCAAAACUAACUGAGUGCAGCAAGGGGGAAGCUUCACGCACCACUUUGCCACAUUUCAUUUGAUGUCAAAUUGGUUGUUUAGUUCUCCCCUGCAAGAGACUCCACCUCCUUUCAAAGUGCCCUUAAAACCUGUUGAGAUUUUAUCCCAGUGAACUCCUGCCUCAUGCUUAAUAGUUGCACAGGGAAAGAACAGCAAACAUCCUCAGUCCCACUUCAGGGGGUUCAGACACCUGGUGCUUUAGAAAACUGCUGCCCUGACAAAGAAAUUCUACUUGGACUGAAGUGUUUUUUGGCUUCUGUUUAUUUUCUCUUGUCCCUAAAAGUAAUCUAAAGGAAGACAUCACUUGCCGCUGGCCUGGAAAACAUCUUCCUGUCCCUUUUUAAAAUUCCUUUUAUAGAGGAAAAAGAAACUUGAAGAAGAGAGUUGUUCUUCAGUUUUUUUUCUCUUCAAGCAUAGGUUAAAAUGCCAGGGAAGAAGGAGGAGGCCCUUGGCAUCGCUCAUCUCCUGCUGGAACUGCAUUGCAUCACUUGGAAAACAGGAGGAGAGGACAUGAGGCAGCUCAUCCCGAUGUCCUUUUAACAGCACUUGGUUAAAUGCGUGGAAAUUCAUACACCAGCAUCCACUGCAAGGAAACGAGCAGAUGCCAGAAGACUUUCUUCUGCACUUGCAAGAAGUGAAAAGCCAUGGGCGUGUUUCCCGUUUUUAACGCCAGCAACGUUUCCCAGGCUGGCUCCCUGGAGGACGGCGGCAACGAGACAGGGGCAACCCAGUUCAGCCAGCCAGGCUGGAGGAUUGCUCUGUGGGCCAUCACCUACUCCUUCAUCGUUGUCACAUCCAUCCUUGGCAACGCCACCAUCAUCUGGAUUAUUCUGGCUCACAGGAGGAUGAGGACGGCGACCAAUUAUUUCAUCGUGAACUUGGCCCUUUCGGACCUGCUGAUGUCCGCUUUCAACACCAUCUUCAAUUUUAUCUAUGCCAGCCACAAUGUCUGGUACUUUGGUGAGGAAUUCUGCAGGUUUCAGAACUGGUUCCCCAUCACUGCAGUGUUUGUGAGCAUUUACUCCAUGACAGCCGUGGCUGCAGAGAGGUACGUGGCCAUCAUUCACCCCUUCAAGCCCCGGCUGUCUGCUGGAAGCACCAGAGUCAUCAUUGGGCUCAUCUGGCUGGUGGCAUUCGGGCUCGCCUUCCCGCAGUGCUUCUACGCCGAGAUCACCGUGGACAACGGCACCCUGAAAUGCAUCGUGGUCUGGCCUGAUGAUGUUGGAUCCAGGCACCAGCUGGCGUACCACAUUGCCGUGAUCGUGUUGAUUUAUUUGCUGCCUUUAGUGGUGAUGUUUGUUGCAUACAGCAUUAUUGGAGUUACUCUGUGGAGCAGCACGGCUCCAGACAACCACCUGAACAGAGUCCACUACCAACACCAAGUUAAUGCCAAAAAAAAGUUUGUGAAGACGAUGGUGGUGGUGGUGAUCAUUUUUGCUGUCUGCUGGCUGCCCUAUCACAUAUACUUCAUCCUGGGGAGCUUCAAGGAAGACAUCUACCAGCAGAAGUACAUUCAGCAGGUGUAUCUCGCAGUGUUCCUCCUUGCCAUGAGCUCGACAAUGUACAACCCCAUCAUCUACUGCUGCCUGAACCAGAGGUGA